AAACAACUGCUCUAAUAAUGAAAACCCAAGAAACAAGUCUCUUGAGAAGAACUCUGACAUGGUCCUCCAGCAACUCUCCACCAUUGAGUUUCCACAUGUGCCUGGCAGUUUGAAACGCGUGAAGAGGGAGUGGGUUAUUCCAGCAAUUAACUUUCCAGAAAAUGACAGGGGUCCAUAUCCAAAAGUCAUGGUGAAGAUUAAGUCUAGCAAUGAGGGAAAGGUGGCGAUAACCUACAGGAUCACCGGACCAGGGGUUGAUCAGCCCCCUGUGGGUGUUUUUACUAUUGAUCGGCGAUCCGGGGUGCUGUACGUGACCCAGCCACUGGACAGGGAGAAGAUGGCCAACUACAGUCUGUGGGCCCAUGCAAUGAAUGAGGGCAUUAAGGCUGAGGAGCCCAUGGAGCUAAUUAUCAACGUCAUUGACCAGAAUGACAAUGCGCCACAAUUCACUCAGAACCCUUUCUACGGCAGAGUGAGCGAAAGUGCUGAAGUUGAUGACCUUGUCAUAAAGGUAACAGCGAUGGAUAAAGAUGACCCCCAGACAAACAAUGCAAUAGUUAGAUAUCGGAUUAAGGCUCAGAUGCCUCAAAUGCCCACAGGGGAUAUUUUUACCAUAAACCCAGUAAGUGGAACGAUCAGUGUGGCAACAGGUGGACUGGACAGAGAGACUCUCCCAGAGUACAAGCUGACCAUUGAAGCUGCUGAUAUGGAGGGGGAGGGGCUAACGACCACCUGCAUUGUUAUCGUUAGCAUUACAGACAGCAACGAUAAUGCUCCACAAUUCACCGUCACAUCUAUAUCCACAUCGGUCCCUGAGAAUGAGGUUGGAGUGGAGGUAGUAAGGCUAAAGGUCACUGAUAAGGAUGAGUUAGGAUCUCCAAAUGCCAACACUAAAUAUUCAAUAAUCAAAGGCAACAAGGGGGGAGACUUCGACAUCACCACAGGCUCCAAUAAAAUGGAGGGAAUCCUCAAAACAGCCACGGAGCUGGAUUUUGAGAGCACUCCCGUCUUUACUCUGCUGGUGGUGGUGACAAACGAGGUGCCGUUUUCUGGGCCGGUGUCUACAUCGACAGCCACGGUCACCGUAACCGUUGAGGACAAGAAUGAGCCUCCUGUUUUCACUCCAGCGGAGAUCCAUGUCAGCGUCUCAGAGGAUGUGAAGAUAGGGAGUUCUGUGGCCGACCUUAGAGCUAAGGAUCCCGACACAGCCAGGAAACAGAGUGUUAGAUAUAAACUGCACAAUGACACUGCCAGGUGGCUGAGUAUUGAGAAAGACACAGGGUCAGUCAAAGUUAAAAGCAGCAUGGACAGAGAAUCCCACUAUGUCAAAGACAGCAAAUACACAGUCCUAAUUUUGGGUUACGACAAUGAUACAGUCUCAGCUACAGGAACAGGUACUCUGGUUGUGAGUUUAUUGGAUGUGAAUGACCAUCGUCCUGUGAUCAAGCAGAGGAAAGCUAGUCUAUGCAAUAAGGACCCUUUUCCUGCCCUGCUGGAUAUAGUGGACCUAGAUGGACCAGGUCAUGCUGGACCAUUUACCGUGGAGCUUCACGGAGAGCACAGGAUCAACUGGACUAUUAGCACCAAUUCCACAAGCAAUGUGGCAACCCUGGCCCCCAAACGGGAGUUGUCACCUGGGGACUAUUAUGUGCUCAUGCGUAUCUAUGAUGUUGGCACGCUCUACCAAGACAGCACACUGGAUGUAGAGGUGUGCCAAUGUCAAGGGGCUGUUUCCACCUGCUUUAUCUCCCAUUCUGACCCUCGUCUGCACAUUUCCUCUCUGGCAACCUCAGUUCUGGGGGCAGUUUUUGGUGUCCUGUUGCUGCUUCUGCUGCUUCUGUUGUUGAGAAAGGGGUGGAGGUCAGAGAAGGAUGACCCUCUUCUUGAAGACGUACCCAGAGACAACAUCUUUCACUAUGAUGAAGAGGGAGGAGGUGAAGAAGACCAGGAGUAUGACCUGAGCCAGCUUCACAGAGGGCUGGAUAACUGUCCUGAGGUCCUUUGCACUGAUGUGUCUCCUACUGUCCAGAGCCGCCCAUGCUACCGCCUACAACUCCAAGCCAAUGAGGAGAUUGGCAAAUUCAUUGAAGAUAACUUGCGUGCUGCAGACAGUGACCCCACAGCUCCUCCUUAUGACUCUCUCCUGGUGUUUGACUAUGAAGGUGUUGGCUCUGAGGCAGGUUCACUCGAUUCCAUCAACUCCUCAGACUCGGAUGAGGAUCAGGACUACCAGAGCCUGGCCCACUGGGGGCCACUUUUCAACAGGUUGGCUGACAUGUACACAGGUGGGAUCGAGGAGGACAAAGACACAGAAACAUUGCCGGGAAAAACAGAAUGGGUCUGACAUGCCCAUGUGUAUUUAAAGAACCUUUGUAAUUUGUGUCUGUCUGCCCAAGUUCCUCAGAGUGGAGCGCACUCUCUGUUCAUGCGUCAUUCUUAGCUUUCCUGGUUUGUUUAUUACAAUAGGUUGUUUCUGGAAUCUGUGGGUAAAUAAUGAAAUGUACAAACUAAAUAAUAUUUUAACAGUAUGUGUGUCCUGAGCUUACUGUGAUGAUGUCGUGUUAGGAAAAUUGUUUCACUUGUUUCAUGCCAAAACCUCACUGGACAAAUAAAAGUAAACAUCAUUUACUCUGUAUUGAGCGACACCUUUAAUCACAAGAGCUAGCGGAUUUCUAAUUCAUGGAUUUUUUAAAAGCUGAUUUAAGUAAAUGUAAAGGUGAGAAAUAUUUGAAAAAGUGAGUUUGGACAGCAUGAGGAGUUGGCAGUUCACUGCACUGGCACGGCACCAACAUCUCCACCUGAUCAUCUGUGAAGACAUGAUGUCAAAGAUAAGAUACAGUGAUGCAGUAGAUACAGUAUCUUUGGUAUGUAUGUACC